AGCUUUACAAUAACAAGAAGAUUAUGAGAACUUUUUGUCAGCAGGGCGAGUCUCCUUCGAAUCCUCCUGGCUUUGAGGACAAUUGGAUAAGGAGGGAAGAAGCAGAAAUAGCAGCUCUCUUGGAGCAUGACUUUCGUAUUGAUAUUGAUCCUCGAAAGAUUGAUUGGCCACCCAAUGAGUUACGUUACGAUCCAGAGGAGUUACAAAGACGUUAUGCACCCCAUAUAAGUUACGAUCCGGUGCCAUUGUCUUCUGAAAAUUUACCUAUAUUGUGGGAUACUCCUCGUGUUCUUUCGUUGCUUCGGCUUAUAUUAUAUAUUCCAUUUGUAUCUUUCUUACUUUUGAAUAAUUAUAUACUUUGUGACUUCACUCUCAUUUUAUCCACUUGGUUAUUGUGGUUGAGAAAGAAGAGCGAGGCGUUUGUUCAGUGCCAAGCCACUUUUCUAACUUUUUUAGAACCUCUCGUUAGUAAGAGUAUGUUUUGGUCUUGUCUUAUUGGAAUAGCUAUUCAAGAGAACAGCAUAUGGAUCUCAACCUUGAUCUGGUUGCUAGUCCCCUUGGAAUGUUUUUUAUUAACCUUGAGAGAGUGGACAACCUUUUGUGGUAGACGAUUUGAGGCAGGAUAUAAAGCUAAUGCAGUUGAUGCUGCAUUUGAAAUGCUUACGAUAUUACUGUUACAUAGCUCAGUUUAUUGGAAGUUGUGGAAGCAAAUUGGAUACUUUUGUUUGUUUAUUACAACUUCUUGGCGUUUAUGGUCUUCCAUUCAAUAUGCUCUAUGUGCAUUUGAGGAUCGUCGGCAAUCAGAGAAAAGAACAAUGUUUUGAGCAUAAACGUGAAAGGUUCAUAGAUCACAAAUCCGAGGAUUCGAGUAUCGCUUCUGUUAAUGUCUUUUUUGUAAGUUUGUAAAACAUAUGAAGCUCUUUCCUUUCAAGGCUUUUCAGUUGAUAGACAAAUUGUCAAGAAAUUUUUUAUGCUGCUCGAUAUUGAAAAAUGUUCAUCUUGAAGACUAGUUUAUUAGCAUGGUUUCGGACGUUGCAGUAUUUCACAGAUGCUGUUUUGUAGCGUUGUUUCAUAUGAAUUCGUACUUCGAAGAUGCAUUCAUAUCCAUUCUUGUUAUAUCAGUUUUCAUGAAAAAGUGAACAUUACCAUAGAACCAUGUUAAAGUGAUUCUCAAUGAAUAUGAGCAUUUAUUCGUUUAUAUUCUUGGUAGGUUUACCUUGCCAGAUCAUUCCUUUAAGAAUCUUUCAUCAUUUCAUACUAGAUAAGAUAGUUUCUAGACCAUGAUUUGAUAUCUUAAGAGAUAAUGCCUUGUGUUCUCGAUUCUUUCGUUCAUCACUUUCAUCUAUAGUGUUCAUAUCGAAUUAUCUUCCGUUAUUAUUGUUUAAGACCUUCUAAUACAAGCAACUCAAUAUAUUCGUGGAAGUUCUUUGUAAAACAACACUGGAAAGUCAAUUUUGAU